UAAGCAGAUCGACUUGCCCCUUUGGGGUUGGGGGUUCAAAUUCUGCCUCCGCCAUGAGUGCAUGCAUGUUCUCUCAAUGUUUGGGGGGUUUCCUCCAUGUACUCUUAUUUCCUCCCCCAGUUCAAAGACAUGUGUUGUAGGUUGACUGGCUGGAAUUUAUACUGCCUUUUGCCCUAAAUUUCCUGGGAAUUCUGUCUAUUGUGUUACGUCACCAUUUGUACACGUCAACAUUUGUAUUUUUCGAUCAUUGUAGUCGAUAAAAUGCAUUUCUUUGAUUCAUGUAUAGUCAAUUUCAUAAAGUAUGCAUCUUGUUUCUCUUCUUGAGAUGACUAGUGUAGACCAAUCUGGCAACCUGGCUGAUGCUGGUGCGGUGCUGAUGCUGAGGCUGAGGCAGUGUUGGGUUCCUGUGCUGGAGGAGAUGCUGAGCUCAGUCAGGACACGCAUGAUGCGCUCAGGAUGCACGUGCGGCGGCGGCGGCGGCGGCGGUGGGAUGAUGUGAUGCUGUUAGGGAACGCUGCAGUGUUUCCACCACAGGGACCAACCUCAUCGAUCCUUCUCCCACUUUCCUGAGCGCGCAGCGUGCACGCGGUACGCAGGAAUUACGCGGAUUUUUUUUAACGCCUCACUUCUUUUUGCUCAAACUUUGAGGAUGAGAUGGAUGCAGAAGACGGACACUUGUGCAUGAGUGUAUCAACAUGUAGCACGGUUCCUUAUCAAGGCAUGAUGUGUUUAGAGAAGAUCUGGUGAGAUACAGAUAGAUAGAUAAUGCUUCCUAGUCGUCGCGAGGACUGUCCCGUCUCGUGAACGAUCAUGAACGAUAAACCGAAUAAACUGGUGUUCAUUCCGGUCUUGGCUGUGCUGUUCGUGAUGAUCGGCUAUCAGUACAUCUGUCCAGCGGGCAGCCAGUCGUGCCAUUUGAGAAACGCUGGCGAUCCGAGAGGGAGACGCGCGCCGACGCCGGACCGCGCGCCGCACGUGGGGCGCGAGCGCGCGCCGGACGCGGCGCCCCGAUUGAACUUCAGCGAGCGCGAGCUGGCGCGCCGUGUCGACUUCGACAUGAGGGGCGACGACGUGCUCGUGUUCCUGCACAUCCAGAAGACCGGCGGCACCACGUUCGGCCGCCACCUGGUGCGCAACAUGCGCCUGGAGCGACCGUGCGACUGCCAGACGGGCCAGAAGAAGUGCGCGUGCCGGCGCCCGGGCCGAGACGAGUCGUGGCUCUUCUCGCGCUUCUCCACGGGCUGGAGCUGCGGCCUGCACGCCGACUGGACAGAGCUCACCAACUGCGUGCCUGCAGUCAUGGACAAAAAACGCGCUCCGAAGCGGAAAAAGAACUUCUAUUACAUCACCAUGCUGAGGGACCCGGUGUCACGCUAUCUAAGUGAGUGGAAGCACGUGCAACGCGGUGCCACUUGGAAAACGUCGCUCCACAUGUGUGACGGCCGCGCCCCCACCCAGGCCGAGCUCCCUUCGUGUUACGGUGGCGAUGACUGGUCGGGUGUGACGCUGGGAGAGUUCAUGGCGUGCCCACACAACCUGGCUAACAACCGGCAGGUGCGCAUGCUAGCCGACCUGAGCCUGGUCGGCUGCUACAACCUCUCGUCCAUGGGAGAGCGUGAGCGUGGUGCUAUUUUGCUCGCCAGCGCCAUGAGCAAUCUAAAAAACAUGGCCUUCUACGGCCUGACCGAGUUCCAGCGUAAAACACAGUACCUGUUUGAGCGUACAUUUCAGCUGCACUUCAUCGCAGAGUUUACGCAGCUCAACAGUACACGGGCCGCCGGCGUGGAGUUGCGGCAAGACGUACACGAGCGCAUCGAGCGCCUCAACUUUCUGGAUGUGCAACUUUACAAGUUCGCCAAGGAGCUCUUCCUGCAGCGUGUGCAGUUUGCGCGCCAACAGGAGAGGCAGGAGCGGCGCUGGCAGCACGAGCAGAAGGACCACCAGAGUAAAAGGCAGUCGGAAGAAAAUCAGUCACAGCCCGCCACCACAGAGGACUACGCCAGCCAAGUGGCACGCUGGUGAUGCUUCUUACAUAAAAACAAACACUGAGCCAAGAUGUACAUGGGGUGGCCAUAUUUUCAGCUCUUCAUUCACUCUUCUCUCUCAUUAAACAUUUUUUUUGGUUUGAGACGCUGUUGUAAGUCAACGGACUUGGGAAUGUUUCGUUAGACAGUGAAGUCUGAGAAUCUUAAACAUGCUCACAAAGAAUAUAUGAAAUGCAACGUCAGUAGAUGGGUAUAGCACUGGCUCUACCCUUCAAAUGUUCUUAAACAUAGCAUCACAAAUCAUGAUAUGCUAAAUAAAAGCUAUGGGGAAUCAAUA